CGCGGCCGCGGGCGAGUCGUGGUACCUGGCGUUGCUGGGCCUGGCCGAACAUUUCCGCACGUCCAGCCCGCCCAAGGUGCGGCUGUGCGUGCACUGCCUGCAGGCCGUGCUGCCCCGCAAGCCCCCGCCCCGCAUGGAGGCCCGCACGCACCUCCAGCUCGGCUCCGUCCUCUACCACCACACCCGUAACGGCGACCAGGCCCGCGGGCACCUGGAGAAGGCGUGGCUGAUAUCCCAGCAGAUCCCCCAGUUUGAAGAUGUGAAGUUCGAGGCAGCCAGUUUGCUGUCAGAGCUCUACUGCCAGGAGAAUUCCGUGGACACGGCCAAGCCCCUGCUGCGCAAAGCCAUCCAGAUCUCCCAGCAAACUCCCUACUGGCACUGCAGGCUGCUCUUCCAGCUGGCUCAACUGCACACCCUGGAAAAGGAUUUGGUGUCAGCCUGUGACCUGCUGGGAGUGGGGGCCGAGUACGCGCGCGUGGUGGGCUCCGAGUACACCAGAGCUCUCUUCCUGCUCAGCAAGGGGAUGCUGCUGCUGAUGGAGAGGAAGCUGCAGGAGGUUCACCCGCUGCUGACGCUGUGUGGGCAGAUCGUGGAGAACUGGCAGGGAAAUCCCAUCCAGAAGGAAUCCCUCAGGGUCUUCUUCCUGGUCCUGCAGGUCACACAUUACCUGGAUGCUGGCCAGGUGAAAAGUGUGAAGCCGUGCCUGAAGCAGCUGCAGCAGUGCAUCCAAACCAUCUCCACCCUGCACGACGACGAGAUCCUGCCCAGCAACCCUGCUGACCUCUUCCACUGGCUGCCCAAGGAGCACAUGUGUGUGCUGGUCUACCUGGUGACAGUGAUGCAUUCCAUGCAGGCAGGGUACCUGGAGAAGGCUCAGAAAUACACAGACAAAGCCCUCAUGCAGCUGGAGAAGCUCAAAAUGCUGGACUGCAGCCCCAUCCUGUCCUCAUUCCAAGUGAUUUUGUUGGAACACAUCAUCAUGUGCAGGCUGGUGACAGGACACAAAGCCACAGCCCUGCAGGAGAUUUCCCAAGUCUGCCAGCUGUGCCAGCAGUCUCCCAGGCUCUUUUCCAACCAUGCUGCCCAGCUGCACACGCUCCUGGGUCUGUACUGCAUCUCUGUCAACUGCAUGGACAAUGCAGAAGCACAAUUCACUACAGCACUGAGGCUCACAACCCACCAGGAGCUGUGGGCAUUUAUUGUCACCAACCUGGCCAGCGUCUACAUCCGGGAAGGGAAUCGGCACCAGGAGCUCUACAGUUUAUUGGAAAGGAUAAAUCCUGACCACAACUUCCCAGUGAGUUCCCACUGUCUCCGGGCUGCAGCGUUUUACAUCCGAGGGCUCUUCUCCUUUUUCCAGGGAAGAUACAACGAGGCCAAGCGUUUUUUGCGGGAGACGCUGAAGAUGUCGAACGCCGAGGACCUGAACCGCCUGACCGCCUGCUCCCUGGUGCUGCUGGGCCACAUCUUCUACGUGCUGGGCAACCACAGGGAAAGCAACAACAUGGUGGUGCCAGCCAUGCAGCUGGCCAGCAAAAUCCCCGACAUGUCCGUGCAGCUCUGGUCCUCUGCCCUGCUCCGGGACCUGAACAAGGCGUGUGGGAACGCCAUGGACGCGCACGAGGCCGCGCAGAUGCACCAGAACUUCUCGCAGCAGCUGCUGCAGGAUCACAUCGAGGCCUGCAGCCUCCCCGAGCACAACCUGAUCACGUGGACAGAUGGACCCCCCCCAGUCCAGUUCCAGGCCCAGAACGGCCCCACCACCAGCCUGGCCAGUCUGCUGUGAAUUCCAGGAAAACUCCUGGAAAACUCCAGGAAAAUUCCA